AAUUUAUACGCAUUUGAGUCUCCAUGUCUUUGAGCUGUCUCUUUCUAACUGUGAGAUUUUUUGUGAUUAAUGACUUUUUUUGGUCGGAUUAGAUCUCAAUUUGUAGCUAGUUAAUCUUUUGUUUGUUUGUAUGUCGUCAAUUCUUCGUUUUGGUUUUCAUAACUAGAAAAUGUUUUGUUUUAAUCUGGUCAAGUCAGUUAAUCAUGACUCUAUACGUGCCCUUAUGUUAAGUUUCAACCACUCUCACAGUAAAUGAGCCUAAAUUAAGAUUUGUAUGCAUUCGUUGAGGAACGAACAGCCAUCAGUCUGCUGCUCAACUUGCGUCGGACUCCAUCACCAAACAGCACUCAUGAUUCUCGUAGUAGUGAAAAUUAAGAUUGCUUUUUUUUUUUCCCUUAAUAUUAUUCCUUAUUUUUUUAGAUUUAUCAAGGAGGAAGCUAGUAGAUUUGUUUUUUUUUUUCCCAUCAAAUUAUCGAAUUUAUCGUCCCAUGUAUUGUAUUUUACACCAAUCAAAUUUACCCAACAAAUCUAACAGCUUUAAAUUUUCUUUUUGACCCGUUCUCUACUUUCUAAAAAAAAUAAAUAAUUCCAUAUUCGCACUUAAUUUCAUCAUUUAUAUUAUUAUUGGCCUUUGUAUUUAUGGGGUAUUUAUAUAUAAAUGGCCUUUUAUUUUUGGCCAUUUUAACAAAACGCGCUUAUCUUUUUCUAGAUUAAUUUCUUCAACACCACAAACGUACUCUUCGUUCUCGGAGCAAAAAACUUCUCUCUAACUCAACUUUGGCAUGAGCUGCAUUGAGGGAGGUUUUUCCUGGAACGAGAUGGAUGUUUGCAGUCCUUUGAAACCAGAUUGUAAACUAAAACACAGGCCUUUGUCUCCUAUUAGAGUUAUGAGGGGUGUCUUAUGUUUAGUAGUAUUUCUCUCAACAGCAUUCACGAUUCUUGUCUGUUUUGCUCCAAUCAUUGCUGUAUUAUUGCGCCUUUUGAGCAUACAUAUCAGCAGAAAAGCAACCUCCUUACUCUUCGGCAUUUGGCUGGCCUUGUGGCCCUUCCUUUUUGAGAAGAUCAACGGCACGAAAGUGGUUUUUUCUGGUGAGACGGUGCCACCCAAGGAACGGACGCUGCUCAUUGCCAACCAUAAAACCGAGGUUGAUUGGAUGUACUUGUGGGAUCUUGCAUUGCGAAAAGGGUCUCUUGGACACAUCAAGUAUGUGCUCAAGAGCAGCCUGAUGAAGCUGCCAGUAUUCGGGUGGGGAUUUCACAUUUUAGAGUUCAUUCCUUUGAAGAGGAAGUGGGAAGCUGAUGAACCGGUUAUGCGGAAAAUGCUUUCGUCAUUUGCUGAUCCUGCAGACCCUCUCUGGCUUGCCAUUUUUCCUGAAGGAACUGAUAUAUAAUUCUUCUUUUUGUCUCUAUACAGUGAAGAAAAAUGCAAAAAGAGUCAGGUAUUUGCUGCUGAAAAUGGACUUCCUGUACUGUCACAUGUGCUACUUCCAAGAACUAAAGGCUUUUGUGCUUGCUUGGAAGCUCUAAGAAGUUCUUUGGAUGCAGUUUAUGACUUGACUAUCACAUACAAGAAUCAAUGCCCUUCGUUUCUAGACAAUGCGUUUGGCGUGGAUCCAUCAGAAGUUCACAUACAUGUUCGGCGAAUCCCUAUUGAAGAGAUCCCUGCUUCUAAUGCCGAUGCAGCCUCUUGGUUAACGGAAGCAUUCCUGCUCAAGGACAACUUACUUUCCGAUUUCAGCGAUCAAGGGCAUUUCCCUAAUGAAGGAGGAGAAGAAGAGCUUUCUACAUUCAAGUGCUUGGUAAAUUUCAUGUUCGUAAUUGUUUUGACUAUCAUGCUGAUUUACCUAGCCAUUUUUUCAUCCGUCUGGUUUAAAAUAUACAUUGGUUUAUCAUGUGGGUACCUUGCCACAGCUACUUAUUUUGAUUUUCAUCCGAUGCCAAUUUUAGACUUUGUUCAAGCAACAUGUGUUUGCAAUAGACCAAGAAUUGAAUAGCAAUUAAAGGAGAAAUAAAAUGUCCAAAUACCAAUUUUUAAA